UUAUAUGUACAUUACAUAGUAGCCACCUAAGCAUCAACCCCUACAGCCCAAACUUGAAAAAUGGCUUCCAGUGGCAAAAUCUAUGACAAUAAUAAUGUUCAUAAUCAAAACCAAGUUGUUGUUGUGAUGAUACCUUUCCCAGCACAAGGCCACCUCAACCAGCUUCUCCAUCUCUCACGCCUAAUCAUAUCACACAACAUACCCGUCCACUACGUUGGAACAAAAUCACACAACCGCCAAGCCACACUUCGUGUUCAAGGUUGGGACCCAAACUCCAUUUCCAACCUCCAUUUCCAUGACUUUGAAGUCCCUCCUUUUCCUUCUCCUCCUACAAACCCUAACCAACAAAUCAUGUUCCCAUCUCACAUAAUUCCUACCUUUUACUCUUCCUCAAAUCUUCGCGAGCCUGUGGCAUCACUUCUUCGAUCCCUUUCGUGCAAGCACGAAAGGGUCGUAGUGAUCCACGACUCGCUAAUGUCGUCUGUGGCACAAGAUGCCUCGGACAUACCAAACGCAGAGAACUACACUUUUCAGAGUGUCUCUGCGUUUUGCUUUGCAUUGUACCUUGUGCUGGAUCUCAUGCAAAACAAUAAUCCGAAUAUUGAAAGUUUUGGUGUUCAUAUUACCGAAGCUGCUUCUUUAGAAGGAUGCUUCCCGGAAGAAAUAAUGGACUUCAUUACAGAACAAGUCAAAUUCUUUGCAUUGAGUAAUGGGUUCAUCCACAACACAAGCAGAGCCAUUGAAGGUCCUUAUAUGGAGAUGAUAGAACAGUUCCCUGGCAACAACAAAAAUAUUAAGCAUUUUGCUCUGGGGCCAUUCAACCCUUUAUUCCCCAGCAAGAAAAGUUGCAAGGAAAAGGACAUCAUAAUUGAGUGGCUUGAUAAGCAAGAACCAAAUUCAGUUAUAUACAUCUCUUUUGGGACAACAACAUCAUUGACGGAGCAACAAAUCAAAGAGAUUGCAACUGGGUUGGAACAGAGCAAGAAGAAGUUCAUAUGGGUGCUGAGAGAUGCAGACAAAGGGGACAUUUUCGACGGCCAAGUCAGGAGAUACAUUCUCCCUGACGGAUUUGAAGAGAGAAUUGAAGGGAUGGGGUUGGUUAUAAGAGAUUGGGCUCCACAAUUGGAGAUUCUAAGGCACAAUUCAACCGGAGGAUUUAUGAGUCACUGUGGAUGGAACUCUUCCAUGGAGAGCAUAACAAUGGGGGUGCCAAUUGCGGCAUGGCCUAUGCACUCUGACCAACCAAGGAACAUGCUUUUGAUAACGCAAGUGUUGAAGAUUGGUUUGGUUGUUAAGGAUUGGGCCAAAAGGGAUGCGUUGGUUACUGCUUCCGAGGUUGAGAAAGCUGUGAGAACUUUGAUGGCAUCAAAGGAAGGUGAUGAGAUGAGAAAGACAGCAUUGAAGCUGAGAGAUGCCGUUCUUGAAUCCAUGGAUGAAGAGAACAAAGGCUUUAAUUUCAUGCAUGAUGUUCCGUCUGUGAUGACCGAGGUUGAUGAUCUCUGGUCGAGCACUUGGAUGCGUGGCUGGAUUAUAUGUUGUCCUCGAGUAACAAUGUGAGUUUAACCUCGGCCUUCUGAAACACGGCGGCGAGAGCACCUGCACAAAGCACUCCGACGCUCAAGUAAGUGGGAGAAUAAUUAAUGAAUAAAGAGUAAAUAACUAGAAGUGAAUGUGGAACCUGCCCUUUCUGAAUCAGGGGGGUAAGAUUUAUAGGCUCCUCGAGUUUGCUGGUGAGCUCCUUGUUAGUUCCGAUAUUCCUGGUCAAGUGCCGUUAUGGAUAUCUUGUGAAGAGACGUGAUUGAGUGGUGUAUUCAGUUUCGGAGAUAAUUUAUAAAGUUUGUUUGUUCUGUUC